AUUUUUGCUACACUCUGUCACAUACCCUCCUGUUUAACUGGCUUGGUCCCUUCGAUAUCCACUGGCUCGUCUUGUCUUCGCAACCUAAAGGAGAUGUACAUGGAAGCUGCACUCUGUCUGCUCCGCCUGGCACGUGGACACUCCUCCUGCUUGGUGCCCCACUUCCAAGCUGUUUGCAAUUUGGCCAGCCAAAUAUGGUCGGUCACCAUAAACAAUAGCAAUAGUAGUACUAAUCAAGUACCUCUAGUCAAUAAUACCCAUAAUACCUUAAGUUCAAUAAACUUCCCGGGAUCUCAGCUAAUGCCCGGACGUCUGAUGGAUCGCUCAAUCCUCCUCGAAGCCCUCGUCACAUUAACACUACGAAUGCCCUCAACGGCUGGUUCUCUCGAACAACAGCGCGAUUUCCUGGCUAGCCUGAUUGACACAAGUGGUUUAGCUCAGUGGUAUAGCGCCAAAACAUCUGAUAGUGUGACCGGCUCUGCAGCUGCGAUUCUUUCUAGGAUCUUAGACAGUCCAGACGACUCUGCAACUGGCUCUGGUGAAACCAGUCCUGCACAAAUUCUGAUUCGGCAAAUCGGACUAGACCUUCCUUUGCCCACUCCUGGUAGCCCUGAAGCGCAGGUCAAUCAACCCUGUGUAUCUACUCGAAUUGACUUGACAAGGCUGAUUUUCUAUCUGCUUUCAUUUAUUCGUCGUUUGGCGGAACCACCAAACUACAACCAGGUUAGAGAACUUUCUACCGAUUUAAACUGGAGCCAUGCCCCGUGA